AUGUCUAUUAUUUUAACUGAUGUCAUACCUGUGACUUCACCGGUUCGUAGACUUGCUCCCAUAGAAAAACAACAAGUUACAAAACAAAUCGAGGAAUGGCUUGCCCAGGGUAUCAUCGAAAAAAGCUAUUCUGAUUAUGCGUCUCCAAUUGUCUUAGUGAAACGUUCCAAACUGGAACUCCAUACAGAUGCUUCCAAAUUAGGUUACGGUGGAAUCCUUCUUCAAGCUGACGACGAUGAUAAUUUACAUCCCAUAGCUUAUAUGAGUAAAAAAACAACACCUCAGGAAGAAAAUCUAUCGAGCUAUGAACUAGAAGUUUUAGCUGUUAUUAAAGCAUUAACGAAAUUCCGUGUAACUGCAAAUGAUGCAAUUACGAAACUGCAAUUGCAGGAAGCAGUGUUCGGAAAUCCUAUGCGCAUCAUCACGGAUAAAGGUUCCGCAUUUACCUCCAAGGAAUUUACAAACUAUUGCGCAAAUCAAAAUAUUAAUCACAUUCAAAUCACCACAGGAAUACCUCGAGGAAAUGGACAAGUGGAAAGGGUUCAUGGAACUCUUAUCCCCCUGCUUGCCAAACUUUCCAUGAAUGAUCCCACGAAAUGGUACACUCAUGUUCAAGCAGCACAACGUGUAUUUAACUCUACUGCUCCACGGAGUACAAAAUUUACUCCUUUCGAACUCAUGAUCGGUGUGCAAAUGAGGCAUAAAAAUGACCAGAAAAUUCUCGAUAUCCUACAGGAAGAAUAUGAGCAAAUGGUCAUCGACAACCGCGAGAACAUUCGCGAAGAAGCGCGACAGAAUAUCUUGCGCCUCCAAGAAGAGAAUAAAAGAGCUUACAACAAGCGCAGGAAGAAAGCUACUCCAUAUAAUCCAGGUGACUUAGUGGCCAUACAGAGGACCCAAUUCGGCAGUGGUUUGAAGCUUCGCCCGAAGUUCCAUGGUCCCUAUCGCAUCACAGCGAAGAAGCCACACGAGAGGUACCUAGUGGAGAAAGUGGGAAUCCACGAAGGCCCCAACCAUACCUCUACAGCAGUAGAUUAUAUGAAGCCUUGGUCUACAACUGCAUAA